GAUACUUAGGGGAUAAAUCAUCUGGAGUAGCUGCAUUUUUUGCAACUCAGUCUCUGGUUAAGUCGCUUCUGCUUCACUUACUGCCGAGUCAUUCGAUCGAAUCUCACUCUUUCCUUUCAUAUCUUUUUGGGUUCAGGCCUUCAUCUGUGUAAUUCUCAUAUGUAACAGUCGAUCGAUAGUUUUGCAGACCUAGCUGAAUAUUGUAACAAGCUUGCUGAAUCUCUCCUUCUAAUCCUGUUUUCGAGCAUUGUCAUCUUCCCCACUACCUGUUCCAAAUUUCAAAUCAAUACUAGUCAUUUGGCAAUCCUUACCACCAAGUUUUGUUUGGAUUUGAGUCUUUAAGGCACACAUUUUUCUGGAUUUUGAUCAAAUUUGUCUUCAUUUUGCCUUGUUUCUCUUCUAAUUUGUCUAAAAGGUUUGCAUUAUUUUAGCCAAUCUAGUCCUGUUCCAUUUCCUGAUCUGUCUGGUAUAUUAUCAAGUGAGACUUUAUCUAUAGGCUACAAUUUUCUUUCUCUUCUCCUUCUUUCUUUCUAUUUAAGUGUGAGAAGUUUGGUUUUCUCAGAAGAAACAAGAGAAUAAAGAAGAGUACUUCCUCCAUUCAAGGGAGAGGAUAAACAGGGGAUCACAACCACAACUGAACUGCUCUCUUUUAGUGAGGAGAAAGCAAGGAACAGACACAAAUACUCUCUUUCAUUAAGAGAUAAGAAGAAGAAAGCAGGUGGGUCGGUCUCUUUCUAUUUUGUGAGAGAUGGACAAUGUGAAGAGGAUGGCCUCACAAAAUGCAGUGGUGGUGUUUAGCAAGAGCACAUGCCCCAUGAGCCAUGCCAUCCAGACCUUCUUCCAUGAUCUCGGUGUCCACCCCACGGUGCAUGAGAUCGAUGAGCUUCCUAACGGGAGAGAGAUAGAGAGAGCGUUGGCGAAUUUGGUAGGCCGGGGCCCUCCGAUUCCGGCCACUUUUAUUGGGGGCCAGUUCGUGGGCCCCACUGAUAAGGUUAUGUCUCUUCACCUCAGUGGGAAGCUUGUGCCCAUGCUCAGAAAGGCAGGGGCCCUUUGGCUUUAGAACAUCUGCUCUGAUACCAUGGUGAAGUCCCUUUGGCUUUAGAACAUCUGCUCUGAUACAAUGGUGAAGUGGUUAGCUAUGAGUGUAGAAUAAGAAAGAUGGUGUAGCUCUAGUAGGUUUUCUGUGUCUUUUUUCUUCUGAGGUUUAUGUAUAUUUGGGCUCUUUUUGUUUAUAAGAGCAAACUUAUGGGCAUUUUAAGAGAGAAUGUAAUAUUUCAUGAAGUGUUCAAUAGA